UGGCGGGGCGGCCAUGACGCGGAGCUGCUCGGCCCUGGGCUGCACCGCCCGCGACAACGGGCGGAGCCGCGAGCGCGGCAUAUCCUUCCACCAAUUCCCGGUGGACGCCGCGCAGCGCCGCGAGUGGAUCCGCGCCGUGAACCGCGUGGACCCGCGGAGCCGCCAAGCGUGGCGGCCCGGCCCCGGCGCCAUCCUCUGCUCGCGGCAUUUCGCCGAGGCCGACUUCGAGCGCUACGGGCUGCGGCGGAAGCUCAGGCGGGGGGCCGUGCCCUCUCGCUUCCCCACCCCGGUUCGUGUCUGCGGGGUGGGUGUGUGUGUGGGGGGGAACCCCGCGCUGGCAGGCGGUGACCUCCCCUCUCCCCCCCGCCAGGAGCCGCCGGGCCCCGCUCUGAGGGGGCCCCUCCCCAGCCCCCCCGCCGGCGACCACAACUACAGCCUGCAGGGCCAGCGGGCAGCCGGGGGGGGGGCACAGCCGCAGCCCCCCGCCCCCCCGAGGCCCUCCCCGCCACGGCGGCUCGCAACGGUGGCAAACAUCCUGCGGGAGCUGGUGGAGAAGCGGCACCUGCCCGAGGAAACCGUGGGUUUGCUGCGAGCCCAGUUUCCAGCAGAUUUGCCUUGUGAGUUGCACAGCUGGAGGCAGAUGACAGACUACUCACCAGAAAUGAGGCAAUUUGCUUGUAUUCUCCACCUCUACCAUAUUAAGGCCUAUGAUUAUCUACGGAAGAUUUUUCCCCUCCCUCAUCCUUACAGCCUGACAAAUUGGCUGUCUAAUAACGAUGCCGCUGCAGGCUUCAGCAACGACAUUUUUCUCCGCCUUCAGGAAAAGGUGGAGAGAGGGGAAGAGGCCUACCGCUACUGCGCCCUGAUGGUACAAGACGUGUCCCUGCAGAAGGGGCAGGAGUGGGACCCGCAGACCCAGCGCCUCACAGGCUUUGUUGACUUGGGAGCAGGUGUUCUUGAUGCAGACGAAACUCCGCUGGCCUCCGAAGCGAUAAUCCUCAUGGCAGUUGGCAUCUCAAGUCCCUGGACAGCUCCACUGGGCUACUUCUUCGUGAACAGCACAACCGGCCACUUACUUGCUCAGCUGCUUCGUCAUACCAUCAGCAAGCUGAACAACAGCGGCAUCCUGGUGCUGGCUGUGACAUCAGGCGCCACUGCGCGCGGUGCUGAGACUGCCAGAGCUCUGGGGAUCAGGAUGGAUCCUGAAAGGAUUCAGUGCACUUUCCAGCAUCCGCCCGGCUCUGCUCACAGCAUCCCAUACUUCUUUGACGUUUGGCAUGCACUCCAGCUGAUAAGGAACGCUUUGCAGUGCUUCCAGAAGAUAGAGUGGCUCAGUGACACUGUGGAGUGGCAGCACGUGGUGGAGCUGGUGGCUUUGCAGGAGUGGAGGGUGUUAGAGCCACGCAGCCCCAAGUCAGGCGGACCUGGGAAUAAGGAGAGUUACCACCUGAAGGUCAACCUUGCUACCCUGUUGUUCAGCGAGGGUGUUGCUGAUGCACUGGAACACCUCCAGAAGCUGGGCCUGGCCUCAUUCCAGAACUGCAAUGGUACUGUCAAGUUUGUGCGUUUGAUGAGCCGCCUGUGUGACGUAUUCCAUGGCAGAGGUUCCUAUAGAAGGGGACUGAAGGAGCUUUUGCUAGCUGGAAAUUACAGCAACAUCAGCCACCUCUUUGAUGAAGCCAAGAGCUUCUUUGUCACCCUAACGGACUCUAUGGGGAGAUACAUUAUCAAGAGCAAACGCAAACUAGGAUUUCUGAGUUUCUUACUCAAUGCUGAAAGCCUCAAGUGUCUUUACACCAACAUGUGUCCGGACGGCGCUCCUUCCCACCACCUCCUGGCCUGCAUCUUCAGCCUCGACCCGCUGGAGCUGUUUCUCAGGGCCCUCUGGCAAGCCUGCGGCAGCAGCGGGAGCCCUACCUGCUCUGGGUUCCAGGCUGCUUAUCGCAAACUGCUGGCCAGCUGCAGUCUGGCACCGGGCUCUCCACCCAGUGGUGCCUCAGGCAGUGCAAGCUCCUUGGACAUAGCUCUGUCUCGGAGGAGAGAUCUGACCCUCGGCAGCAUUCGUGCUCAGUAUAAGCCAGCUCGCGGCGGGACGCUGGCAGAGUACCCCGGUUGUGCAGGGCUUUUUUUGCACAGCUCGGCCCUGAGUAAUGCGCUGACCGACCUGUCGCUGCAUGCACAGAGCAUCACCUGCACUGCAGGCUUCGUUGCUGAGCAGUUAGCCUCUGACUUGCAAUGCGAGGCUUGUCUGGCUUCCCUUUUUGAGUCAGAUGAGAGCAGGCUAAGAUACAGGUCAGUGCUCUACAUAAAAAAGUUAGGUGGAGUGAGUCUGCCCUCAGCCAGUGUGUACCACGUAGCAAGCGUUUUGGAACGAAUCCUAAACCGAUAUGACAAGGUAGGAGAUACCAACCAAAACCCCAAGCGAUGGCAUUUGUCUCUAGAACAGAAAGUCUUCCAGGAGCUUCUGGGAGCAAGUCCCCUCUUCCCCACCCUCACAAACCAUUUAUUUGAGGGGGAGCUGUGUAUCAACAAUCACUACACAAUCUUAGUAAAGGAAAUAACACGGUGUUACCUAAAUAUCAGAACAAACCAUGCCACACACCUGAACUUGACAUACCAUUGUGGAAGGCACAGAUUGAAGAGACUGAAGGGAAAACAUUUGUUUCCAUCACCGCUGGGUAGCUGUCAAGUCAAACCCCCAUGGGGUCAGGAGUACUCGCUGCUAUUCCAAGGAUGACUGGCCCCUAGUGGGGUUCACUGAUGGCCAGAUCUAGGUAACGCACGCGAGGAAAUGAUGUGGUGUCUUCCCAGGAUUUGGCCAGCAACACUGGUGUUGAUAAGCGAUGAUGUGUUGGGCCAUUGCAAACAAUCUGAUCAGAGUUUGAGCAAAGCAGGGAGGUUGAUCUGAUCCCGUGUUCCAUCUAGCAGUCCUGCAGAGCAGCCACAUAUUUCGUGAGACUCACAUGUAAGGUCAGAAGGAGUAAAGGUUGCUCAGGAUGUCUGGGGAAGUGGUAGGGGACACUGCAGAGUAUCUGCUGGAGGUGCUGGUUGGCUCAGUGCUGUGAGUGCUCCUGCCAGGAGAAAACGAAUGCAUCGCCCACAUCAUUGGGAGGCAUGCAUGUGUGCUGGCAAUUUGUUUUCACCAAAGCAGAUACGCUUUAAAAAAGCUGGAGGUAAGAAAGCUCGCCAAACUUUUACUUAAAAAAGGAAAAUAAAGACAUGAAAAGCAAAUGGCA